AUGGGAUUCCGCACGGGCGUGUUGUUCGUCACCUCGACGUUUGACUUCCCGAUCCUGUUCCAGGGUCGCGCGACGGAGCGCGCGAUUGACCGCGCGGAGGAGUUCUACCUGUCCAUGUUUGCGUCGCCCCUGACCAUCACGGCGUUCUUCCACGCGGUGCUUGGUCUUGGCAUGAUUGGUAUUGUCACGAAGCUGCACCGCUGGACGGAGAACGACCGCUACUUUGGCAUGGGCAGCGUUGUGCUCUAUCUCGGUUCGCUGCUCAUGUAUCUCUCGGUGACGCUGCCCAACUUGCGCGCGCUUGCGCACCCCAAGGACGAGUACUACGUCGCGCGCGGUGUGUACGAGGCCAGCAAGGCACGCCAGGACGGCAACACGACCAUGGCCCUCACGCAGACCGAGCGCAUUUCGCUCGUGCAGGUCAUCUCGGCGACCAACGUGAUCAUCGCCGCGCUCCUCUUUGGUGUGCUACUCCUGCAGGGCGGUGAGUGGUACGCCAUCCGCCAGGACCGCAAGCUCGAGGAAAAGGUGCGCCUGGAGCAAAUUGCCAAGCUCGAGGCGCAGCGCAACGAGAAGAAGCGGAGCUAG